AUGUCAAAUCUAUAUCCCAAUAUCUAUCCCCACCUAAAAGUGAGCGUGCCUUCAUUUUUAAUAAAAACUUACGAAAUAUUGGAAAAUGAUUCAUUAUCGCAUCUCAUAUCCUGGAAUAGUGAAGGGACUGCUUUUAUUGUCUAUAAUCCAAACGAAUUGUCAUCCCAAGUCCUAGCCAAUUAUUUCAAGCAUAAAAAUUAUCCUAGCUUUCUAAGACAACUAAACAUGUACAAUUUUAAAAAGACAAGAAAUCAAUAUGGAUUUAGUGAAUUUAGACACAAGUGGUUUAGGAAGGGCUAAUAGAACAUGAUACAAUAUAUCCGACGCAGAAAUUAAGAGGAAUCAGAUUAAAAAAUAGACACGAGAGAACAAAAUCAAGAACUUGAUUUUUAUAAACAGGAACAUGAAAAUAUUAAAAUAUUGAUUCAAGAUCUUCAAACAGGCCAUAAAGAAAUACAAAAGAACUUGGCAAAAUCCUUAGAUUAGUCAACCUCUUUGAAUAAAUAAAAUUUUAUCACUCUGCAAAAAAUUCAUUAAACCCAAUUAGAAUUUAACAAAAAAUAUGAUUAUGUGACCCUCAUGCUCACAAAUGUACUAACCAAUCUCCCAAAUAUAUGUAUAUAUUAAUCUUUAAAAACAGUAACUAAUUUUAAAGAAGCAAUUAAAAUUUGUUAAGAUGAACCAAACAUAUACAAGACCUUACCCUGCUCAGAAAGCGGAGCAUCGACACCCUACCCUCAAGUGUUCCCCUAUAAUCAAUACCAGUUUUACACCUAGAAAUAAUAGCCAUGUAUUUUGUCCCUUUAUAAAUUUCAAGAUUAUUUUUAUGAUUAGAACUAAUAUUUCUACAAAAAUACACCCUAAUUGGCCAUCACAGAUGUAUUCGUUCCUAUUUUAAAGCUCCUGCCACAUACUCAAUUUCAAACAGUCAACAAAAUUCUCCUUAUAGAUAUUCAAAUAUCCCAUAAACACAGUAUCCUUUAGAUUAUGCAAACAUCGAAUAAGUAUAAAUAACAAUAUUUUUAGUAUAGUUUAAAUCAAUAAGUAUGA